GUUUGUUGAUCAUCCAUUUCUCGUUUGCAGUGGUACGCUGGGUUUAGUUCGAUUGGUUUCAACUUCCAUUAAUGGCAACUCCAGGGAAGAGGGUUUUGCUGACUUCCAGUGGUGAUGAUAUUUCGCUCAACAUUGCCCUUCAUUUAGCGAAGCGCGGCUGCAGGUUAGUUUUGAUGGGAGAUGAAAGUCGCCUUCAGAGCGUUGCGGCUAAGAUAACAGAAUCUCUCGACAGAGGGACUGGUCAGAUCGAGGUGGUUGGGGUCGAUACGAAGGAUGGGAGUGAGGCCCAGUUCGAUCAGGCAGUCGAUAAGGCGUGGAAGAUCUUGGGGAAUUUGGAUGCUUUUGUCCAUUGUUUUCACCAUGAGGGAAAGAAUCAAAAUCUUCUCGACCUGGUUGAUGAAGAGUUCCAAAAAAUAGUGCAAAUUAAUUUCAUGGCGGCGUGGUUUCUGUUAAAAGCAGUUGGAAAAAGAAUGCGAGAUUUCAAUUCAGGAGGCUCCAUUGUAUUUCUUACCUCAAUCAUUGGUGCAGAGAGGGGACUUUAUCCAGGAGCUGCUGCAUAUGGUUCGUGUGCUGCUGGAGUGCAGCAGUUAGUAAGGUUGGCAGCAUUAGAGAUUGGAAAAUAUCAGAUUAGGGUCAAUGGAAUUGCCCGUGGUUUGCACUUAGAGGAUGAGUUUCCAUCAUCAGUGGGGAAGGAGAGGGCAGAGAAGGCAGAUGGUGACGUGUUGCCGCUCCUAAGAUGGCUUGAUGUGAAGAAUGAUCUUGCAUCAACAGUUAUCUAUUUGAUCAGUGAUGACUCGCGAUACAUGACUGGGACCACCAUUUUUGUUGAUGGGGCUCAGUCCAUAGUAAGGCCUCGAAUGCGAUCUUAUAUGUGAUUUAAUGUUCCAUUUAUUACAUACUGAAGAUGGUACUGAUGAAUAUGGUGCCUUGCAAGGAAUAAUUGAGGGCUACAUGCAUAAGUUAUCUGUUUGAUC